UGCCCAGGACUCUAUCCUGUCCCCCUCUGGUGGCAGAACCCAGGGACGCUGGGCUUGUGUGAUAGGCUGCCGCAGCGGCCCCUCCUCCUGCCCCUUACUCAUUAGCCAGGCUGCAAAGUAGCAUGGGCUUGGCUGGGCAAGGCUGGCUUCAGGAGCGCUCAGGCAUGCAGGGUGGCCGGCAGCCCAGUCUUGAACUGGACAGCGUUCGGGACAUGGUCACCCCAGACCGAGGGGGCUGUUGCCCUGCCCUCCGCAGGCUGGUCCCUGUCGGCUUUGGGGCCGAGGUGUGGACGCUCUUUGCCCUUUCCGGACCCCUGUUCUUGUUCCAGGUGCUGACCUUCAUGAUCCACAUUGUGAGCUCGGUGUUUUGUGGGCACCUGGGCAAGGUGGAGCUGGCGUCAGUGACCCUCUCGGUGGCCUUUGUCAAUGUCUGUGGAAUUUCCAUAGGAAUAGGCUUGUCCUCAGCCUGUGACACCUUGAUGUCCCAGAGCUUCGGGAGCCCCAACAAGAAGCACGUGGGGGUCAUCCUGCAAAGGAGCACCCUGGUGAUGCUUCUCUGCUGCCUCCCCUGCUGGGCACUCUUCCUCAACACCCACAACAUCCUGCUUCUCUUCAGGCAGGACCCAGCCGUGUCCAGGUUAACUCAAGAGUACGUGCUCAUUUUCAUCCCAGCACUUCCGGCGUUUUUUCUUUACAGCCUGCUGGCAAAAUAUUUGCAAAAUCAGGGAAUCGUCUGGCCCCAAGUCCUCAGUGGCAUUGUGGGCAACUGUAUCAAUGGCUUGGGCAACUACAUCCUGGUUUCUGUGCUGAGCCUGGGGGUCAGGGGCUCUGCUUACGCCAACACUAUCUCCCACAUCCUGCAGACCAUCUUCCUCUUUCUCUACAUUGUGCUGAAGAAGCUACACCUGGAGACGUGGUCAGGCUGGUCCGGCCAGUGCCUGCAGGACUGGGGCCCUUUCUUCUCUCUGGCUGUUCCCAGCAUGCUCAUGGUGUGCAUGGAGUGGUGGGCCUACGAGAUCGGGAGCUUCCUCAUGGGCCUGCUCAGCGUACUGGACCUCUCCGGCCAGGCCAUCAUCUACGAAUUGGCCACCGCAGUCUACACGGCGAGUAUCUUAUGGCGGUACCUUCCGCACGCCCUCCAUGCCGGCCCGAUUCCCCUGGGGCUCAGCAACGCCGUCUGUGUCCGUGUGGGGAUGGCCCUGGGAGCUGCAGAUAUAGUGCAAGCCAAGCGGUUGGCCAAGUCAGGCAUGCUUUGCACAGGCGGCACCUCGCUGGUUGUGGGCAUCGUGCUGAGCACCCUGAAAAAUAAACUGGGGCGUAUUUUUACAAAUGAUGAACAAGUCAUUGCCCUGGUGAACAAGGUCUUGCCGAUUUAUACCGUCUUUCAGCUCUUUGAGGCCAUAUGUUGCGUCUAUAGCGGAGUUCUGAGAGGAAGCGGCAAGCAGGCCUUUGGAGCCGUCGUGGACAUGAUCAUGUAUUAUGUCAUCGGCCUCCCACUGGGCAUUGUUCUGACCUUUGUGGUCAGAAUGGGAAUCAUGGGCCUCUGGCUGGGCAUGCUGGUCUGCAGCCUCCUGGGAGCUGCUGCGUUUGCUUUCUACACCGCCCGGAUGGACUGGAAGCUAGCCGCAGAGGAGGCCCAGAAACAUGCCGGACUGCUGCCGCAGAGCACUGACAGCACGGUGGCCACGGUCCCCCGACCCGGGCCUGCAGAAGCCGUCACCUCUUCAGUGGCCACGGGUGCCUCUCCUGGCAUCACCCUGACAACAUAUUCAAGGCCCGAGAGCCACCUGGACCUCUUCAGGACUCCGGAGGUGGCCCAGGCCCUUCCAGCGCCGGCCAGCAGAUUGUCAGCCAGACAGCUGGCCAUCCGCCGCGGGGCCGCCCUGGGGAUGGCGUCAGGCACGCUGACGGCCGGGCUGGUCGUCCGGGUCCUGACCACCAGACACUAGCCGAGCGGCUCAGAGACGGAAAGGAGGCCAAGGGUGGCCGCACCCACAGGUCUCCACACCGGUCCCCCUACAACAGCACCCUGGGGAUCCAGUGCGGGUGGAUGUACACUUUGGACCGCACCUCAAAAACAAAACCUUCAGCCGGCGCCUCGUGUGACGUGAUGGUUCUGUCGACCUGGCCUUCUCUGCUCUGCUCUUUAAGAGGACGUCAGCCGACCGGAGAGGGACAAUCCUGGGGUUGCUUCAAAUCGGGAGAUUUCAAAUCAAGACACAAUUUAAAAAACCAGUUACCCAAUUAAAAGCUACAUAUUUCCUAGGUGAGUCUGCCGCCCCGCCCCCCGUCUGUUCACAAAGCCUUUGAGAAGCUUGGACAAGGGGGCCCAUGGGCCCUGCAUGGGCAGCCCAGUUCACCACACCCCCCAUGUGCCCUGUGCCCCACGUGCCCCACGGGCCCCUGCAGAUCCAGGCACUGGCAACCCCGAAGGGGCAGGUGGCCGUCCACAGACCCUUCAUUCCAUCAGCAUUGUGCUGAUCACAGACCUUGAGAAACCCUUGUUCUUACAGCAGCGAUGGGGUAGAAAGAAGCAAGAGGAGCAAAACCAGAUCGAUCGCUUGGCCGUGCAGCCUGGGGGUGAAUGCAACGCCGACCCAAAUUCCAGGCUGCUUCUCUUUGUGGCCUGGGACUGCCGAAUAUUUUCAGGCUGCACGCUGUCAUCCAAAGUGGAGGCAGUCUGGCCUCUGCUGCCACAGUCCCUUAGGCAUCAGUGGCUCUACACACGUUCACAAACAAAAUGAUCAAAGCCAAUUAAAAAAAAAAAAAAAGUACACACAGGAUGUAAUCCCUGUUUGAAGAGUCAACAUGAAUUCAUUUUGUUUUCGGUACCUGGUGACAGUCCGGGCCUCCCGCUCACAGGGAGGAAGAAGCUGAUACCCUUGUCCGUGACACUGACACCUUAGUGAGCGUCUGGCGACCAAACAAAACGACUGAGGACGGGGCACAGAGAAGCAAUGCUGUCGUUUCCCCAAAGGUGCUCUAAGGUUGAAAAAGGAUCUCGAGAAAAGGGUUCCACGGUCAAGGAAGUUUGGGAAACGACCCCCACCAAACGCCACACAGGUUCUACAGGACUCGGAUCCUUUGAGAUGCUAGUGUGCUUUACAAAUCCUGACACACAGGAUGGGGUGGUGGGAUCAGUUUUUGUGUAAAACCUUAUGGAAUUAGUGUUCCUGGAGUACUCUUAUAGAAACACUUGGUUUAGACUGGCAAAUGGGGAUAGGAGGGCUUAGCUGGAAAAACCCUAAACUCCACAGGUGCUUUAAAAAAUAAAAACCUGUAAGGGACAGAGAAAGCAGAGCUGGAGAAAAUCUUCUUGGCUAAGAAUUUCAGGGAGAAAGCAGGACUUAAAGUUGAUGAAUACCACCUCUGAACAGAUGAAGGCAAAAAAUGGAUUUAUCCAUUGGGGCAAAAUUUCCGGCCAAAGAAUGGUCUCUAUCGGGACAUAAGAGGUUCCCCACUAGGAAUCUUAAAAUUCAUGCCACUUUUAUCAAAUAUGACGUAUUUAUUUUGCAGAACAUAGUAGCAGACAAGCCAGUGAUUUAGCGUAACUAGAAAUCACAGGGCACAAUUUAAUGUGCUAAACGAAAGCUCCGUAUUGAAAUUUUGUCUAAGGUAUUUCGUGACCGAUUAUCCUGACAUCUUAAACUAGCCUAGUGAUUGACACUGCAUCCUGUGAUGAAGACAGUGAACUUCAGACAGCCUCCCUGGGACAGAUUCAUUCAAGGCAGCUGAUUACACGUUCUCUAAAGUGAAUUACAUUCUCUCACGUGUUGGGGGGGUGGGGGGGGGCAGGGAGGGUGGAGGCACCGUAGCCAGGAAUCACCAAUGCUUGGCAGGGAGGCUGCAUUCCACAGGGCUCCUUCCCACCCUGGCUGAAGUCCCUCAGGUCUCAGCCAUGCUCAGGAGAUCCCCUUCCUGUGUCCUCUGUCCCCUUCUCUUCCAGCGGGACGCCGUGGCUUACACAGUCCUUCUCCAAAUGUUCCACCAUCAGCCCCCCUGAGGCUCUCAAGCUCCACAGUCCAGAAUAUCCAAGGCCUCUGGCCCGUGACAGGAAAUGGCUUUCCACGUUAAGUCCAGAAGGCUGAAUUUAUUCAAAAAGGGAUCUCUCUGAAGUUUAAAAAAGUGAAAUUUCUUUGCAUUGUGCUACGGAAAUAAGAAACUUAAAAGAUCUGUCCUUGAAGAUCCACUGACUUGAAACUUUUAAGAUCCUGAGAGGUUUUUUUUUUUUUCCAACAUUUAUUUAUUUUUGAGAGAGCAUGAGUUGGGGAGGGACAGAGAGGGAGACACAGAAUGUAAAGUAGGCUCCAGGCUCUGAGCUGUCAGCACAGGGCCCGACACGGGGCUCGAACUCACAAACUGCGAAAUUGUGACCUGUGCUGCAGUCAGACGCCCAACCGACUGAGCCACCCAGGCGCCCCUGAGAAUAAGUGUUGUUGUAAGUAAUUUUAUUACAGCAUAAUAAAAGUGCCAGUUAGGUUUUAUAAGAUGCAGAAUUCUACAACUCCUGCCCAGUAAGAAUGACGGGUGAUACUUGCAUGGAAAUUGGCAACUGUCUUCCCUGGAAGCCCUGGGAUCUGCGGGAAGUCUUGCGUGGCGUUAGUUACAGAAGGCAUCUGCGGAUGGCCACAAAAGACUGUCACAAACCAAAUACAAGAGAGGGUGGAGAAUGGACGGGAAAGGAGGAAGACCACUGGUCAGACAGCACGUUUGACAGGAGGGCUGGCUCCGGAAGGUCAAGUCCUCAAGUCCCAGUGGGUGAGGGACAGGGACCUCCCCCCAUCCCCAACACACAGAUCCGGUGCCUCAAACCUCAGGCAGGGCUGGGAAGAUCUUUCCUCACCUCUGUGGGCUACAGAGGGCUGUUGAUAACCCCGGGCAGGGAGGAGCCCCCUGGAAGCUUCACAGAGUGAUGGCGGAAGGUGGGGGGGUGGGGGAGUCCUGUGUCCCAUGAACUGGAGUAAGAAGUCACUCAACAGGUUCAGAGACUCCUUUUACAUCUCCCUGGGAGUCAGCCUAGUACCUUCUCCGUCCCCACCCCACCCCCCACCGCGAGCUGAGGAACACAACGUAAAA